ACACAGAAGCGGCGGGAAAACGAAAGAAAAAGACAAGAAAAUCGAAGAGAAAAUGAAAGAAAGAAUGAAAGGAAUGGAAAGAUCUGUAGAUGAAAGAUACACUCAAUGGAAGAGUUUAGUUCCCGUCCUCUACGAUUGGCUUGCCAAUCACAACCUCGUUUGGCCCUCCCUCUCUUGCCGAUGGGGUCCACAACUUGAACAAGCUACCUACAAGAAUCGUCAGCGUCUUUACCUUUCUGAACAGACCGAUGGCAGUGUUCCAAAUACACUUGUAAUAGCAAACUGUGAGAUUGUUAAACCUAGGGUUGCAGCUGCGGAGCACAUAGCCCAGUUCAAUGAAGAAGCACGUUCUCCAUUUGUGAAGAAGUAUAAAACAAUUAUUCAUCCCGGCGAGGUGAACAGAAUCAGGGAACUCCCACAAAACAGCAAAAUAGUAGCCACGCACACUGAUAGUCCUGAUGUACUCAUUUGGGAUGUUGAGGCUCAGCCCAAUCGUCAUGCUGUCCUGGGAGCUACAGAGUCUCGUCCUGAUCUGAUAUUGACUGGGCACCAUGAUAAUGCUGAAUUUGCUCUUGCUAUGAGUCCAACUGAGCCCUUUGUGCUUUCUGGAGGUAAGGACAAGUCAGUUGUUUUAUGGAGCAUUCAAGAUUAUGUCUCAACUUUGGCGGCAGAACCAGCUUCCACAAAGUCUCCAGGAUCUGCUGGUGCCAAUACUAAAAGCGCUACUAAGAGUGGUGGGAGUAAUGAUAAACCCACUGAGAGCCCCUCUAUUGGGCCACGGGGUAUCUUCCUAGGGCAUGAGGAUACUGUUGAAGAUGUUCAGUUCUGCCCAUCAAGUGCACAGGAGUUCUGCAGUGUUGGCGAUGAUUCAUGCCUUGUACUAUGGGAUGCCAGAACUGGCUCUUCUCCAGCAGUGAAGGUUGAAAAAGCUCAUAAUGCUGAUAUUCAUUGUGUUGAUUGGAAUCCUCAUGAUGUAAAUCUAAUUCUGACAGGAUCUGCUGAUAACACAGUUCACAUGUUUGACCGUCGAAACCUCACUUCCGGUGGAGUUGGGACUCCUGUUCAUGUAUUUGAGGGUCACAGUGCUGCUGUCCUUUGUGUGCAGUGGUCACCAGACAAGUCAUCUGUCUUUGGCAGUUCAGCAGAGGAUGGAAUUUUGAACAUCUGGGAUCAUGAGAAGAUUGGUAAAAAGCAAGACUCUGUUGGAUCGAGAAUGCCAAAUUCUCCACCAGGCUUAUUCUUUCGACAUGCUGGACACAGGGACAAGGUUGUCGACUUCCAUUGGAACACAUCUGAUCCAUGGACCCUCGUCAGUGUGUCCGAUGAUUGUGAAAGUACAGGAGGAGGUGGCACUCUUCAGAUAUGGCGGAUGAUCGAUUUGAUCUACCGGCCGGAGGAGGAGGUUUUGGCUGAGCUGGAUAAGUUCAAAUCCCACAUUCUCAGUUGUGAAAAAAAUUAAGUUUCCCCAUCACUUAUGGCAUAACUUGUGUUUGACUUAAAAAAGUAUUGUAAUUGUUAGGAUCUCUCUUGUGGACUUGAAAAUGUUUCAUCAUGUUCUUGUACUCUUCUUCAACCUUUAGAUUCUAGACACUUGCAAAUGGUAAAACUUUUAGUCAAUAUAAAAAUAUGAUGGGUUUGAA